AUGCCAGCAGUACAGUAUUCAGAGCCAGCGAACGCUGGUGGGCUGUCUUAUGAGCCCGGCUCAGAAGAGAGGAAACUUUUGAAAGCUGCCCUUGCAGAAAUGGAAAGCACCGUCUCCGAGAUCCCGAGUAUUAUCAACGGCGAACGUAUCCACACUGGCCAUAAGAGCAAACAGGACAACCCCUGGGACCGAUAUGGCGCCCCCUUAGCAGAGUACCAUGAAGUGGAUUCAGAGACCAUCAAGGCGAAGGCCAUUCCAGGCGCCCUGCAGGCGAGAAAGCAUUGGGCCAACAUGUCAUUCAAGGACCGUUCCGCCAUCUACAAGAAGGCUGCAAAACUUGUCGAGUCACCCAAAUACCGGUGGAGGUUGAUCGCGGCAUCCAUGAUCGGCCAAGGAAAAACGUGUGGGCAGGCAGAGGGCGACUGUAUCGCGGAAGUCAUUGAUACUCUGAAUUUCCACGUCUAUUUUUGCGCCCAGCUUUAUGACCAGCAACCCCCCAAGCAAUUUGAAUCGUCAACGAGCCGGCUUGACUACCGAGCCCUAGAAGGCUUUGUGCUUGCUAUUUCGCCUUUCAACUUUACCGCGUUGGGAGCACACAUUGCUUUCACACCCGCUCUGUUAGGAAAUGUCAUCCUUUGGAAGCCCUCGCCUAUGGCCGUCUUGUCGAACUACAUACUCUACCAAAUUAUGGAGGAAGCUGGUAUGCCAAAGGGCGUUAUCCAGUUUUUACCCAUGGAGGAUCCGACUAAAGUCGUUGAGCCAGCUGUUACCAGCCCUCAUUUCGCCGGUCUGCAUUAUACCGGGUCUUCAGCUGUCUUGCGAGCACUCUGUACUCAGAUCGGUACGAAUACAAACAUUUACAAGAAUUUCCCACGGAUUGUUGGGGAAAGUGGCGGCAAGAACUUCCAUCUUAUACAUAACUCCUGCAAGGAUGACGUUGACUGGUUGGCGUCCGCGGCAGUUCGUUCGGCGUACGAGUUCCAAGGCCAAAAGUGCAGUGCUCUAUCCCGUCUGGUUGUCCCGAAAACUAUGUGGGAGCAAGGCGAUCUGAAAAAGGCGCUGGUGCGAGAAGCAUCUAAGAUGACACACGGCGAUGGUGUUAAACAGCUUCAUCACCCUCUAGGCCCAAUGAUCUCAGAGGCAGCUUUUCAGCGGUUUGAACAAUUUGUCCAGCGCGCCCAGGAAGACGGCCAUGAACUAAUCUACGGCGGCAACGCAAACGGCAAUAAGGGCUUCUUUGUUCAGCCUGCUAUUUUUGAAAUGAAACCGACUGUCAAGGGUCUGGAGUCAGACCUAAUGACCAAGGAGCUCUUUGGACCCGUCUUCGCCGUUCAGACAUACGAUGAUGCAUCACCCACUGGCUUUGAGAAUGUAUGCGAGCUUAUUGACAGCACCUCGGAGUAUGCUUUGGCAGGUUCUGUCUUCGCCCGCGAUAGGAGGGCUGUCAAAAUUGCUGAUGAGAAGCUUCGUGACUCGGUUGGGAUGUUUUGUAUCAAUGACAAGAGCACCGGCGCCAUCAUCGGCGCGCAUCCCUUUGGUGGAGCCAGGUCCAGCGGCACAAACGACAAGGCAAAUUCGAUAAAUGUUCUGCUCAGAUUCUCGAGUAUCCGUUGCGUCAAAGACUCCUAUCAUAUUACCGCGACUGUUGGAACCGAACCGUCAAAGCGGCGGGUUGAAAAUACCCUAUCUGAACACUCGUCACGACUCACAAUCCUUACCCAAGAGGAAAAUGUCCGUGCAGUGCGGGAAGCAGAUGUGGUAUUGCUGGCUGUCAAGCCUGUCAAGAGAGCAGACGUCUUUGCCGCGCCAGGGUUCAAGGAGGCUUUGCAAGGUAAAUUCGUUCUCAGUAUCAUGGCAGGUAUCACCACCAAAGCGUUGAAUAGCCUAGCCCUCGGUGAAGACUAUGCCUCAAACAGUGGAAGUGCGCUUCAAUGCGUGCGUGCAAUGCCUAAUAUGGCGGCCAAAGUCCGAGAGGCCGUGACAUUGUACACUGCUGGCCCCGGCACAACGAAGGAGAACCUCGAGAUUGCGUCUUGGGUAUUUAGUCAAGUUGGGGAGGCGCAGAGCAUCCCCGAAAGCUCUUUUGAUAUCUGUGCAGUUCUAGUUGGUUGUGCUGGCUCCCUCCUGCUCCUCGCGAUCGAUGGGCUACUGGAUGCUGCCGUUGCGGAGGGCGUGAAGAGACCUGACAUGCAAAACCUAGUGGUAAAUAGUGCGAUUGGGAUGAUGAAGCUGGUACCUGCUGGAGAUCACCCGAGUGUUCUCCGAGAGAAAAUUGCUUCUCCUGGAGGUUGCUCUAUCCGAGCUCUCCUAGAGCUGGAAAAGCUGGGUGUUCGCUCGGCGUUCACGACUGCCAUCAUGGCAGCAGCGGAGAAGUCUAAACGCAUGUCAUCGUCUUGA